GUGCCCGACGGUUCCUGGUCGAGAGCUAAUGAUUGGAGCGCUUGGAGUUGGGCAGGUAGGUUUGCUGCUUCGAGGUGGGUGUGAUGCAUGCGUUGGUGGAAAGCACGAAGGUAUAUAUGCCGCCUCAUCGUCACUUCAAGCAAAAUAAUUACUCAUUUCCAAUUCUCCAUUACACCAGUGCUACAACACAAAUCUGCUGAAUUAAACCUACACUACCAUCGACUGAGCAAUCUAGUAACAACAUGGCAUCUCUACAGCGUCUCGCUGUUCAGCGUAGCCCUGCCUACAAGCCCGCUGGGGUCAAGAGCUAUGUCUACGCGAUGACAAAGUAUGGCUUCCAUCCGACCAAGCCAGGCCCAUAUUUCCAAGCCAAGGUCAUGUCACAGCAAGGCAAGUUUGGACGAGUCGGCGGCCGCAUGCGAUCACACUACGUCUUGAGGAAGCGGGAGCAAACGUCAGCACCGGGUGGUGCGCAGAGCAAGGCCGCAGCCCCAAGCGAUGGAGGUGGAGCUGAGGGCGAAGUGCCCGCUGAAGACAUCCAGAACGACUCAUUAUAUCUCUGCGAAGUCGGUGUCGGAACACCUGAACAGAAGUUGUACUUGGAUUUCGAUACAGGAUCUUCGGAUCUUUGGGUCUGGUCCACUGAGCUUCCCAAGAACAUCCUCAGUUCUGCCAAUCCCUCGAACCAGCAGGUCGCUUUCGACCCCUCCAAGUCAAGCACAUUCAAGAAGCUUGAUGGCGAGACCUGGAAGAUCUCAUACGGCGACUCUUCAUCAGCAAGCGGUGAUGUAGGCACCGAUGUUGUGGAUCUUGGUGGCCUCAAGGUUGAGAACCAGGCUGUAGAGCUCGCAAAGGAGCUUUCGCAGCAGUUCGCACAGGGAAAUGGUAGUGGACUGCUCGGAUUGGCGUUUAGCUCCAUCAACACUGUUUCUCCAACUCCGCAAAAGACGCCAGUCGACAACAUCAUCGCACAGAAGACGGCCAAGGAGCAGCUCUUCACGGCAUACCUUGGCAGCUGGCGUGAUGCGAACGAAGCUGAUAAGGGAGAAAGCUUCUACACCUUCGGCUUCAUAGACCAAGACGUCAUGACCGCCUCUGGAGCCUCCGAGCCCAACUACGCUGAUGUUGACAACAGCCAAGGCUUCUGGCAGAUCCAGUCUACAUCAGCCACCAUCAAUGGCGAGACUGUCAACCGAUCCGGUAACACUUCCAUCAUGGACACUGGUACCACGCUCUGCUUGGUUGAUGACGCUCUUGUGGAUGCUGUCUACAAAGCUAUCCCUGGCGCCCAGUACGACCAGAACAACCAAGGCUACGUCUUCCCUGCCUCUACAUCCGCGGACGAUUUGCCAGAGAUUAAGCUCGCCAUUGGAGACUCCAUGGUGACAUUCCAGAAAGAAGAUCUGGGCUUCGCCGAUGCCGGAAAUGGUAACGUGUACGGAAGUAUUCAGAGCAGAGGAUCCAUGGACAUGGAUAUCUACGGCGAUGCCGUAUUGAAAGCCAUGUAUGCGAUCUUUGAUAUGAACAACGGUUCGCCGAGGUUCGGAUGGGUGCAGAGGAAGGAGGCGACACAAAACACGACUGCUCCUCCAUCGCAGUAGAUAUCGAUGUGCACUUGCCAAGGACGAUAAUCGUGCGCAGGGCAGGAGGCAGGACUAUCGCCGUUUGGUGUCCAGGAUUAUGUGAAUGUUCGCAAUAGGCUUUCAUGCAGCAAAUGCUACGCCCCAAUGAACAAUAGUAUCUUAAGACGCAUUUGAUGGAGUUUCUUUCGAUGCU